AUCUAACCAGCUUCUUUUUCUCAACCCAGCUGCUAUUAAACAACAUAAAAUAAUUCACUCGCCUGUGGGACAACAUAUAGGACUCUUAAAGUCCUUUUAAUUUAAACAGUCACAGUGAGUUUUACACUUCAUGGCCAGCAGACAUCAACCUGUAGUUCUUAGCAAAAGUCUCUUUCUCUAGUGCCCAGACACUGGAAGCAUUUCGCAUGAGUAUCGUUUAACUUAACGAACAGAUAAUUUAGACUUUGUCCAAUAUGUACACUUUGAUGUAACAGGUGUUGCUUACCUUUACAUUCUGUUGGACCGGUUCUCUGUUCGCCUCGUUCCAUGACCCCCAUUCCUCUAUUGCUGAUUAUUCUCUUUAAAUUAUUUUGUAGCAUCACUAACCUAUAUUUGUGAAAAAGGAAGCAGUACUGUCAUGGCAGAUCAAGGUGAAAUGAAGACUCAAGAGGAGGAUCUGUCCCCUGACAUCAAGAAUUGGAGCAAACAUCAAGUGAGACAAUGGGCUCUCCAGUUGGAUGGUGUGGAUGACAAAGUUGCUGAAAUAUUAUUUAAUCAAGACAUCAAUGGGCAUAGUCUUCUUCUUUUAAAUCCAACAGACUUGACUGCAACUGGUGUCACUUUAGGACCAGCUAAGCUUCUCAUUCAUGCCAGAGAUGAAGUUGUGAAAUUUAAAAAAGAAGAGCCAGUAGGCUCUAGAAACCAGCCUGGAAAACUGUGCAAGCCAUAUCCAUUUGGUAAACACCACGAUACAUUCAGAUAUAUGGAGAGCAGGAUUCUUUAUGUUACAGAAUCAGGUGCCUCAGAUUUGAUUGAACCCUGCCAUGAGUACAAAGCUUUCACCAGGACAACAGAAGAAACUAAAAUGAAGAAGUUCACAUCUGAGGUCAUUCGCUUUGCAGCUGCCUGCAUGAACAGCCGCACCAACGGCACCAUACAUUUUGGAAUAGGAGACAAACCGGAGUUCACCCAUGGUCAAGUGUUGGGAGUGGUUGUUGAGGACAGAGAGGCUUUUGGAAAUGAACUAAAAUCUGCCAUUGAUAGGUAUUUUGAAUAUAAACAUAAACAAGCUGCUCAGACAUGCGUCAGACAUCCACGAUUUGUUGAAGUUCUCAACAAGAACAUGACAUCAUCUGACAAAUGUGUCAUAGAAGUCGACGUUGUUCCAGAGACUACGAUCUGUGAAGAAAACGGCUACCACACAUACACCAUAAAAAAGGCAAGAAAAAAGGCAAAAUGAAAGAAACUGAAUCAGAACCAUCAAAGUGUUUCUUUAUCCGUGAUGGUGGUAGCAGCAGAGAUCUUCUUGCGCAACCAAAUAAGCGAGAGUACGAGCAGUUUCUAGAAAGUAUGGCUCAGCGCUCACAACGCCGGAAAAAGGCAGAGGAGAAGCACCUCAGUGUGAGAAAAAACAGCACUCAGGGCUCUAGACUCAGUCACAUGAUCACUGGUGGCUCUCUGUCUUUAGAUAAAUCCAAUGUUGAGCAGUAUGUGAUAAUAACUAACAAAUCACACCCAAGCCAGUUAGAUUCUUUAAACUUUCUUGUACAUCUGAAUCCAGCAGCGGUGUUGGACUUUGAUCCAGAAUCAGCUAAAGAGGGAUUAGAGCAAUAUUUUGACCAGCAGAGCCCAGUAAAUGUUCAUUCACCGGCACGAUAUAAAAUCACAGAAGGAGUUGAAGACAUUGUGAACAAGUUGAAAUUAACUCAAAACACCAACUGGGUGUUCUGCAAUGGAGGCAUUGAGCAUGAGUCGCCCUCAGAAAUUGACCAGUGGUUAAUGGACAAGGGAGCCUCCAUCAGAGAUGUGAUUUCCUUCUUGUGUCGCAAAGGUAUCCUUCCAAACAAGAGGUUCCUCGUCAUUUUUUUAAUUUUGUCAAGAGUGAGUGAGAAGAUGGACCCCCUUGUGGAGACUUUCAGUACAUUCUGGCAGGAACUCAGAGGCACAGAUCAGAUCCUUUGCAUAUGUGACAAUGACAAAGCAUUCAACUCCUGGAGAGACUUAAUUGAGGCUCGAUGUGGAAUCGACAUCUCAGGUAGAUGCAUACAUGAUCUCAGCUUUGCAGAAGUCAAUGGCACUAUCCUUAGCCUUUGGUCAGAGAAUCGCAGAUCCAGUCGUUUCCUACCGUGUGGUGGGGGAAGCAAAGUGCUAUUUGAGAAGAAAGUGGAGCGAAGUCUGAGUACCUUAGAUGUCCUUUGUGUGAACCAAUGUGAGGAAAAAAUUCUGAUAGAACAGAACUUCUACAAGGGUGGAAAGUUAACGUGGUGGAAUUUCUAUUUCUCGGAGCAGGCCGGAUCCACGCCGUUUAUCAAACGAGACCACUUUGACUACAUCAAGGAUACAAUCAUGCCUGAUUUAUGCUCCCUGAGAAAAGCCUGUGUGUUCUUUAACCUCAUGCAUGUACCUGGAUGUGGUGGGACAACUUUGGCCAUGUACCUAUUGUGGUCUCUCCGGAACACAUUUCGUUGUGCUCUCCUCAGGAACAACAAUGCUGACUUUGCUGAAGUAGCCAGUCAGGUGACCAAACUUCUCAUGUAUAAACAUCAGGAGCAGCUGCCACGUGUCCCUGUUUUGCUGAUGAUAGAUGACUUUGAAAAUAUGGAAAAGGUAUGUGACCUGCAGCAGCUCAUUGAAAAAGAAUGUGAAGAGAAAAAAAUUCAGUCUAAGUCUGCGCAGGUGGUUAUCUUAAACUGCAUGAGAUCAGAGUCUUUUGAACAGACCGGACAAGCUGCAGAUACUGUAUUCAUUGGAAAUAAUGUCUCUGAGAGGGAACAGUUUGAGGUAAAACUAGUCGAAAUUGAGACAACUUACAAGAACGCUGUGCCUAUGAAGG